AUGUCUUCAAAAAAGUUCUUUUUUAUAUUCAAGGAUUCGUUAGUCGAAGCUGAUAACACUAGUUUAAGCAUUGUUGCAUUAAGAAAUCCUGCGACGAAAAAUGCAACUAAAUAUUUGUUUCGGCAGACAAGUAACAGGAACGAUUUAUACGAAUUGAACUGCUUCAACGAACAGCAUCGCUCGUGGUUUAUCAACGAGACUGUAUGCUCUAAUGGCAAGAUAUUCAUGCCCACGCCCGUAGAUCCACUGUUUCUCGUUUUGCCAUACUUAGUAGAAAACUGUUGCGAACGUGCGGUUCCGUUGGAUCAAAUUUUGGUAGAUGAUUCGUUUCCUUCCAUCGUCCGUUUAACUGAUACGUUGUCUCCAACUCGGUUGAGCUUAGUAGCCGACAAAAAGAGUGCUGGUAAAAUAGUAGCAUAUAAGUAUAACGAACAAAAGACCGUGGAAUGGUUGGUAGCCAAGUGCCACCGAUUAAAGGGAUCCAUUAGUAAACAGGAGACCCCCUCAGUUCGUUCAUUGAACUAUAUCAAGGAAGAAAAAGAAAAUGAGAAGGACGAGGCGGAUGAUCAUGGCGCAGUUCAAACGGCUUUCGGAAUCGUCAGUGAUUACAUUUCACUUGAACUUAUAAAAAAACUUUCCGUGGCUCUUGGUUUUCCAGAGGAUGAAAAUAUAUCAAAAAAACGCAAGUCUGCUGUUGAUUUAGAAUCCAGUGUAAUGAAAAAACUAAAAAAGGAAGAAUUACACGAGACCACGCCGAUAAAACUGCCGGCCGCGGAAAAAAAGAUUUCUGCCAAAGCAAAGGCGAUGGCCAAAGCGGCCAGUGGAUCGAAGAGCAUCUCCAGUUUUUUCAAGAAAUAAAUAAUAGCUUCAGAAUAUUCAACGUAACUAUUUUAGAUAUAUUUUGACAUGAAUAACAUAAAGG